GGUGAACCAUUUAGGUCAGGGGUGAAUCGUUUUUUGUUGAUGGAGAGUGGAGAGGCCUAGAGGGAGGAGGAAGAACUGAAAGGAGAUGAAAAUCAACGAAAAUACGUUGCUAGAAGGGAGCAGAAUCGUAUUGGUGCCGUACAAGAAGCAACAUGUGCCAAAGUACCACGGUUGGAUGCAGUCAUCAGAGCUGCAGGAGCUGACAGCAUCAGAACCACUAACCCUGCAGCAGGAGUAUGAGAUGCAGAACAGCUGGUGGCAGGACCAGAACAAAUGCACCUUUAUUGUACUUGACAAGACCAGCUGGCAGUCUGCAGAGAAAACAGAAAUAGACAGCAUGAUAGGAGAUGUCAACUUGUUCUUCACCAAUCAGGAGAGUCCUACUGAAGCUGAGAUAGAGAUCAUGAUAGCAGAGCCCACCAGUCGCAGAAAAGGGUCAGGAAGGGAAGCUCUCACAACCAUGAUGGCUUAUGGUGUACAGGAGCUUGGAGUGACAGAGUAUGUGGCUAAGAUUGGCUACAGUAACCAUGGGAGCUUGUCUCUGUUCCACAAACUGGGUUUCACAGAGGUGUCCAGAAGUGAUGUAUUUCAGGAGGUUACGUUACACCUGCCCAUAUGUGAUGACAUCAGGACCAGGCUGGAGCAGGAAACCUCACACAUUAGUAAACACAUGUAUGGAGACCUCAGUACAUACACAUAUGAAGAUCACAGUAGAUAACACAUGUGGAAUGUGUGAGAAUGCCCAGCCAUGGAUUAUAAUACAGACUUGUGUGAUGAUUCAUACAGACUUGUAAUAGCCGCUUUAUGGCGCAAUACAACAGUCUCGAUUCAGGUUCAAUUAAAUCAAAUAAAGGACUUGAAAACGUGUUAUUUUUCUUCGCUUCAUGAUGAAAUUACAUCAGAUGAAUUACAGAGUCUGACUCAUCGUAAAAUAGUAAGAAUUUGCGUUUUAGGUAUAGUACGUUAAAAAAUGCAUUGUACCCAGUCUGUGUUCUACAAUGAUACUAAAUUCUGUGCAAUGCAAACUCUGCUGUCCGAGGCUGUAACUGGCCACUACCCGCAUGUUGGGCCUACAGCUAUAAGCAAGAUUUAAUCAAGCUUCAUUGUACCGGGUUUCAUCACACACUGGUUGGUUCUGCAGUUCUUGUACACAACUCAGACAUUAAGUCUGUUAAAACGAUAGAAGUCUUAGACAGAGAGUUAUUGAAGAAUGUAAAAUGCAUUUUGCACAUUUGAGAUGCAAUUUGUAUUCAGUUGAAAAUAAUUUAGCUGUCACAAAUAAAAAGAAUAAUACAUUUUUACACAAACCAUGCAAUUUUUGAGUUAUUUCCUUUCACCAUAUCAUACAUUAAAAAAUACUUUUAAUAACCACAAAAUUCAGACAUCAGAGAAAUGUUUUCCUGAAGUGAAUUCAGGUCAUUUAUUGUAUUCAAUAUGCCAACUACAUUCCAAUAUUAGGCAUCAUAGCAUCGCACACAGUCUACCAGUAAUCCAACAUAUUUGAAGUUCCUUACAACAAAACUGGCCUUUUUUGGCUACACCUCAGGAGUAGUGCCUUCCUGAUUGUUUUCAGCCAUAUGAAAUUUUAAUCAUUUUAAACUAAUGAUUUGCUUCAAGAUAAUUUAAUAUUAUACAACAUGAUUUUUAGUAUAGAAAUUGCCAUAAACAUCAACCAAAAAUGUUUAAGUGAAUAGUUAUUACGUAAUAUUAGCAAGGCACUGAUUGUCCAAAAAUUGGGGCAAUAAAAAAGGCUGAUAUGGAACACACUGGAAGUAGUUAUUUAAAAGCAUUUUCAUGUAAAGAAAAUGUCCACAGUCAAAAAGCUAGGAUUCAAUGCCAGGCAGAGUUUUCUGUAUCUUUACAACUUGUGACAUACAUUAUAUAUCUUUCAUCAGUGUUAUAUAAUAAAAAAAGGACAAAACUUAACUCUACUUUUGCUGUCUGGGGGUAACAAAUGUCAAGUGCAUAGAGUUGAGAGAUCAAAUACAUAUACUUAUACAAUUGAGAGCCUAAUUUGGCAAUAGUAUUUUGAGAGCACAGUAGAACACCAAGUUGCUUUGAUUCAGAGAUACCAUAUUCUAAAAGAACAGACUUUUAGUUCAGUCUAAGAAUUGUACAAAAAGAAGUUCAGCACACUCAGAAAGGAUUUGCUGAGAGAAGGCUAACUUUUAACCAACACUUCAAAUCUUUGGGACUUACCUACAGAAUGGUCCCUUUUGCAGCUUACUGUAUUUCCAGAAUGUGAUGUUUGAGUCCACAUGACUGAAGCAAUGGGUCGUACCUACCAGAUAACCUGUGUCGCCCCCCGUCUUUGCUCAAGGUGGGCUGGUUAACUUGAAUGUACACUGCCUCCUUCAAUUCUCUUGCAAAGAAACCUGGUUGCAAAUCUAGGAAACUUACCCAUUGCUGCAGUAACAUGACUUCAACGUUCAGCUGAAAAUUUGGUAAUUCCCAUUUAUUUAAUUUAAAAUGGGUUAGGCAAAGUUUAAUCUUCUUUCAUAAUGCCAUUUAUCGACACGUAUAACCUUUCAUGCUAAAAUAGACAUGAUAUGCUUUGCAUGCCAAAAGUAAUACUCAAUAUACUAGCCAGAAACACUGGAAUAUUAUCAAAUAUUCAACUUACAAACCUUAUAGGUCACAGAGAGUAUAGCAAAACAACACACUGAAUUAUACCAGUUCAUAUGCAAUACUUUAUUUCAUAUAAAGAGAUUUGGAAUGUUUACGAAAUAAGAUUGUACAAAACUUUCUUUUUCAAAUAUUAAAGCACAUUUCAUCAUGAUUAUAACUGUUACAGUUUAUAUUUGAUGUUUAGUCUGAGAGAAAAAAACUACUAUUUACUUCUGUGGCAACUGCGAAGUGAAAGCACUUAGUAUACCUUAUAUAUACAAAAUGUAAAAUGGAAGUCCCAACUUUUGUCCAUAUUUGUAAUGUAAUGUAUAAGAAAUGUCGUUAAGAUGAUAUAUGUUACAAAGGCAUACAAUAAAAAUCUAUUUUUAGGCCAGUAUUCACAAGUUUAGUGUGACUUCAGGGAACUGGCCAAGAGGGUUGAACCAAUGGAGCCGCAUUCUCACAAACAUUGUUGGUUCAACUGUUGUAUUGUUAGGUGCUACAUUGUGACAGCAGUGCAGGGCUGCCCCCUUGUAAUUGAUAUACAAACUGCAGCCUAUAAACACUUGAAACUGUCCAGCCCUUUGAAAAAC